GCGGAGAUAGAAAAGGAGGAACCUGCUGCUUUCUAAAUUGUUCACAAGGUUUUGCUAUAGAAUCAGCCGCAGAAAACAGACUCCAAUGCAGACCCAUGGAGGAUGGCUUUGGAUUGUGCUGCUAUUUCCCCUGACAGCUCAUCAAGCAGAGGAAUCAGAACAUCCCUCCAAAGAUGGCCAAACAAAACAUCUCCAAGCUGAGUUUGUCAACGCGACACAGCAACAAAACGAGUCCUUCACGUUGUGGCCAACUUAUAAUAGAACAGACCCCUCCAAUGGAGUCUUGGGUAUCAUCAAGACGCUGCCUGACCCCACUGUAAAGAGCGAAACAGAAUAUCAAGGCAGAAGGCUGCUGAAGCCAACCAUCACCAUCCACUCAGUGAAUGCGACCUGCAAUGUCACCUUGAACUGUGUGGUAACUGGAGGGGAAGGAGAGGACGUGACUUACGCCUGGUCGACUUCUGAAAUGGGGAUGGUUCUCUCUGAGGAACCAUCUCUACACAUCACUCAGAAGCCCCCAGAUCAAACCUGGGAUUACACCUGCACUGUGCGCAACAAGCAGAGUCAAAACUCCAGCACCGUUUCCCUGAGAGAUCACUGCCAUGAUCCUUCAACUCUCAAUCAAGGAGCAUCAACAUUCUUGUACGCUAAGUACUUAAUUCCACUUUUGCUCGUUCUGGUCCUAUUGCUGAUCCUGUUCCUCAUGUACAGAAGGAAGAGAGGAAGAGGAAGCCAUAGCAGGACAGUAUCUAUCAUUGAAUCAUCAGAUUCCGACUUUCCUACUGCAGAAGAAGCCACACAGCUGAAUCCUGAGGCCUUCAAGCCAAUUCCUGAGGAGCCUCUGGAAAUGGUGCAAGUGUCCAACUAUAAAUGAUAACGAAGAGGCUUCAAGCACACAGGGCCACCAGCCAGAUGAGCAGGCAAAAUGUGGACUUCCCUAACCCAGGAGGCCCAUCCAAGUUCCUUUUAUACAGGGCAGGUGAAAAGCUCUUCUUUCCAACACAUCUUACCAACAUAUGGGAGCCUUGAAGCAGUUGAUUCAAUUCGUACUAUUGAUUUUAAUUAUGGCAUGUGUUCAGCUUAAAGUAGGAUUGGAGCCCCGCUUGAGACAUCACACACACACGAUUGGGGGGUCAAUCUUGAGUGCAAGAGGAAGCAUUUAUUGAACUUUUGAAUGGUUUUUUUUUAUUAAAAAAGCCAGAUAUUUAUAAACUAGCCAAUGUGCCCACAUUUUUCAAUGAGUGCUCUAUCUUCAGGGACAAAAACACUAAUUUAUUUCCCCCAGCUACUGAAUAUUCUUCUUCAUUCUAGCACACCUUCUCCACUUCUUCCUGAGGAGACACAGCCCUGCUUUUGCCUUGGCUCAGAAAAGGUUGGCUUGUGGGAGUUGUCAUUGGUCUCAAUGAUUGUGCUCUCUUACCUGGCAGUUAGGUCUUCAGAUAGCCGGUGUUUCUUUUUUAUUGUUGCAUUUUUAUUAUUCACAAACACAAACUAAACAAAUGCAAGUGUAACAACAUCACUGGGGUGGCAAUAUUAAAA